AUGGCCACCGAUGUAGGAGACGAAGAAAGAGCACAUUUGCUUGCUAUAUCACCAUCGCCAUCAUCAUCACCAGCAGGUAUAAUCACAACCCCGUAUCAGCCCCCAGACCAAUACGAGGGUAUCAAUCAAGACGAUGAAGUCAUUUCAAGCACUCAGAGUUCUGAGUGGUCCAUCACCCAAAGCGCUCGCAGACUCUAUGUAUCUCACACCCUCUCAACAUGGAACUCGCGCGUUUUUGAAUUCGGGAGCGUUCUGUAUCUCGCCUCUAUCUUUCCAGGAACAUUGAUGCCUCUUGCGGUGUAUUCAAUGAUUCGAGGUGCUGCUGCUAUUGCACUAUCAUCUUGGGUCGGGCACUAUAUCGAUCGCAACGACCGCCUUAAGACGGUGAGACUAUCAAUUGUGUCUCAAAGACUAGCCGUUGCCGUGUCAUGUGCCAUUUUUCUUGUUCUCAUCAAGGUUCAUACUAUGCCUCAUGAAGUGCGAAUCGGUUUGCUUGCGGUCUCGAUUCUGAUGGCCUGUAUUGAGAAACUGGCUGCCAUAAUGAACGUUGUGUCAGUUGAAAGAGACUGGGUCAUCGUUGUGGCUCGCUCUGACACUGUUGCCCUCCGAACGAUGAACUCACAGAUGAGACGGAUUGACCUUGUAUGUAAACUUGUCGGACCAUUCUUCAUAGGAAUGGUAGAUGGCAUUUCUACGGAAACAGCCAUUUUUGUGAACUUGGUGAUGAACUGCGCAUCGGUUAUAAUCGAGUACUUUACCAUCGCUAGGGUCUAUCAUCAGGUAGCUGCACUGCAGUGCCCCAAAAGUACACCACAUACCACUCCCCUCGAUUUCGGCAAUCGCCAAAGUCCUUGGGUGUCGGUGAAGCAUGGCCUGAAGAAGACGUUUUACGAUCUUCGUCUCUAUUUUACCCACCCCGUCUUCUUUCCGUCUUUCGCAGUGGCCCUUCUUUACUGCACAGUUCUAUCCUUUGGUGGAGUUAUGGUUACUUACCUUCUUUCGAGCGGAUACAACUCGUCUCAAAUUGCUGCAAUGAGAACAAUCUCUGUAGCUUUCGAAGUUCUGGCUACUUGGAUUGGACCAUGGCUAAUGAAGAAGAUUGGACCGGUUCGUGCAGGACUUUGGUUCUUGAGUUGGCAGUUGGGAUGUUUAUCAAUAGGCGUAUCAAUAUUCUGGCGGUAUGCCGAUAACGUCCUCGUCUCAACUCUGGCACUCGUGGGCAGCUCCAUGCUCAGUCGUAUCGGACUUUGGGGCGUCGAUCUCUCGGCCCAAGUCAUCAUCCAAGAGGAAGUCGAAGCGAAAAAUCGAGGAGCCUUUUCUGCCGUGGAAGCCAGCUGGCAACAUGUGUUCGAGAUGUGUGCAUACACGUCGACCAUAAUAUUCUCGUCGCCCAGUCAGUUCCACAACCCAACGGCGCUGAGCGUCACGGCAGUCUUGUUUGCAUGGGUUCUGUUCAGCUUGUUUGUGAAGAAACGAAGAGGUCAUCUCGUUCACUGGCCGACGUGCCUAUCUGCGGAGAAGCAACAAGCAUCGGCGAUAGAUGGAGUGCUCGAGUCGAUGCAUUCAAGAAGAAGAAGAGAGGGGCCUGGAGGGGUUGCAUGA